AUGGCCGAGAGAGAGAAAGAAUAUUCCUGCCUCCUCUGCCGCCAGCGCAAGGUCAAAUGCGACCGGCGCGACCCCUGCGCCAGCUGCGUCAAGGGCGGCCAUCAGUGUGCUUUCGUCCCUCCCACGCGCGGCAAACGCAAGAGAACAAAGGCUCCUAAAGAAGGUCUGCAUGCAAAAGUCAGGCGAUACGAAGAGCUGCUCAAGUUUCACGGUGUCAAGAUUGAACCGUUUGACGCCGAGGGCGACUCGGACUCGGACGCGCCCUCUCAGCCAGCAUUCCCCACGAGAGAAACAAGAACUCGCCAGGAGCCCUGCAAUCCACUGCAAAAGCCAAGACUCAUCCUUAGAGAAGGCUCAUCCAGAUACGUUGACAGUGAUCUUUGGCCAAAUCUGGAGUCACAAUAUCUUUAUCCAAAUGAAAAUGAGCACGGGCGGACUCAGGAUGAGGCAGACGACGAGUCUGGCAUCUUUCCUGGUCUUUCCACUGAUGGCCGUGGCCCAGACACCAAUCCCCCAUUAGAAAACAUGCACCCAGCAUACAAUAUUCUGCUGAAGUUAUGGGACGUGUUUGUCGAUCGAGUCGAUCCUUUUGCCAAAAUCCUCCACCUUCCCACGUUUUGGUUGUCGCUGAAGUCUGCCAUCGAGCAACCCGGCGAUGUUCCCAGUGACCUGCAAGCACUCAUCUUCUCGUUCUAUCUUGCCAGCGUUGCCUCCCUAGAGGAAGGUGAGUGCCUCGAGGUCAUGGGUGAAUGCAAGCCAGAUAUCCUUGCAAGGCAAAAACGUCUGGCACGUCGCGCACUGCGAGCUGCCGGAUUCCUGAAUACCACAAGUGUCACGACACUUCGCGCGUACUGCAUAUUUCUGAUGGCUAUAGGUCCGGGAUGCCGGUCAGAUUCCUUGUUUCUCUUGACGGGAGCUGCGGUGCGACUUGCGCGUAAAAUGGGCCUACAUCGAGAUGGCACGUAUCUGGGACUAUCUCCCUUUGCAUCUGAAAUGAGGAGACGUCUCUGGUGGCAUAUCCUGGGAGCAGAUUUUCGUGUUUCCUUCGCCCUGAGCAUGCAGCCGUCGUUGGACCUUUUCGAUAGUGACGUCCAGCGCCCCUUGAACGUUGAGGACGAGGACCUCAGCCCUGACGACAGCGAGCUGCCUACAGAGCGCAAUGCUAUCACUGCGAAUGUGCUUUGCCUCCUCAGAUGUGAUAUUCUGGCCUUUAUACGGAAAUUCUCGGAGCCACUGCAUGCAGACGUCCAUUGGGAGACAUUGGCCAACCCCGCCGUUCCACAGUCCAAGAAGACGGAGAUGAUCAAAGAACUCGAGGAUUCUAUAGAGACCAAGUAUCUGAGGUACUGCGAUCCAACUAGCACCCUCCACACCUUGAUACUGCUUAUGAGUAGGUCGACACUUUGCAAGAUCAGGCUGUACGCUCACCACCCGCGGAUAUACGCCAACCGUGGCCUCAAGGUCCCGGAAGAGGAGCGGGCUGUUGUCUUCACCAACGCAAAGAAACUUCUAGAGUACAUGGACCUGGCACGGAGCACUCCCAGUCUUGACAAGUACAUGUGGCAGAUGGGCACUAUGAUGCUCUGGAAUGCGCUCCUCUACGUGCUCAUCGAAGCCCGGGACCGCAGGGCAGGACCAGAGGUCGACUCUCUGUGGAGGCUUAUGGGGGUGGUGGUAUCGAAAUACGCGGAGAUGUUCAAACCAGGCGCGGGAGCCUUGUACGAUGCGCUGCGGAAGUGGUUGCUCGAGGCGUGGGAAGAGCACCGCGAGGCAGUCAAGGCCCAAGGGAGCCCAGAACCACCAGCCCCGGAUUACAUCGAUGAUUUCCUGCGCUAUCAGGCCGUUGACGAGGUGCCUCCGUCCGUUCAGAGAGUAGAAACGGGCUUGAAUAACGCGAAUUAUACUCGCUGGGUAGGUCGAGGUCCUGUUAUGGACUGCGAGGGCGUUCCUUCGUCUGACCUUUCUAACCUACUCUCCUUUGACGCCGAUGCGGAUGAGUGGGCUCAGUGGGAGAGCUUGUUCACUGGGGAGGGAUUCUCGCAGAUGGAUACCUGGCAGUUAUAG